GACACAAUCCAGGCCACAAUCCUGGUCAGAAUCCCACUGGCCAGCCGACACAGAAUCCCGGUCAACCGGUCAGUCCGGGACGAGAGGCCCAGAAUCCUCAGCCGGGUCAGAACGUGAAUCGUCAGCCGCAGAAUCCGACUCAGCCGGCACAGAGCGGAAGAGAACAACCGACAAGUCAACAGCCGCAGCAACAGCCGCAGCAGCAACAGCAGCCACCGCAGCAGCAACAACAUCCAGAGCAACGUACCACAAGCAUGGGGACCGUAUUAUCGUUCAGUCCGCGGGACCGUCGCGGGUCCGUUUACCCGCCGGCGGGUCACCCCGCCGAUUUUACGCUGAACAACUUCAAUUACGAGCAAUUGAACAACGCGAAGAAUCGCGAGAACAAGAGCAGCGUUGCUACGGUAGCGCCGGCGCCGCCCACGAAUCAUCCACCAACCAACAACAACUCGUUGCAAAACAAUAACAUUAAUCUGAACAACAACGACAACGCGAGAAUCAUCUCGGAGAAGAACGCGCUGGAGAAGAAUCUCAAGAAGCACUCGCUAUUCAUAAACGCACUGUCGUGGAAACGGUUCAGCACGACCAACAACAACAAGAAGAAGCUCGACAAUAAGAACAAGAACAUCGCCUUCAGGCAACCACUCGAUAACAUACCUAUCGUUGAUAAGAAUAAAAAUAUACAGACGCCACAGACAAAACCACCGGCGUCAAACAACAAUCACACCACGCACAAUCCGACGUGUGAGAAAUUGGUGCAGAAACCCCUGCCCCCUGGUCCAAGGAAAACCGUCAUCCAGGCCUCCACCUCGGAAUUGCUCAAGUGCCUCGGCGUCUUCCUGCACAAGAAAUGCACCCGCUUAAGAGACUUCCAAGCCGGCGAUGCUGUCAUGUGGCUUAGGACUGUUGACAGAAAUCUCCUGCUUCAAGGCUGGCAGGAUGUGCCCUUUAUAAACCCUGCCAAUGUAGUGUUCGUAUACAUGUUGGUGAAAGAGCUCGUCGACGGAGAGGAGGCAUCCGAGAAGGAACUCCAAGCGACGGUGUUGACGUGUCUUUAUCUGAGCUACAGUUACAUGGGCAACGAGAUCAGUUAUCCGCUAAAACCAUUCCUCGUCGAGGAUAGCAAAGAUAAAUUCUGGGACCGAUGUCUCUUAAUCGUCAACCGACUUAGCUCCGAAAUGCUGCGAAUUAACAGCGAGCCCGGAUUCUUCACAGAGAUCUUCAGCGAACUGAAGGCCUGCGGUUCCAGCGAACGCGGAAGUCUGACUGGCAGCGGCCUCGAACGAAGCCUCGUCGUCUCCGGAGUCGCGGUACCCACCAAGGCAGCUUGACGGAGCUACACACACCUGCUGGUCCGCAUCGCCAGGCACGGC